GGGAAGAGAGGGAGGGAGCAGAGACACAGGCAGAGUGUGAGCAUCUCUUCCUGGCAUUCAAGCUGUCAGUGGAGGAAGACGGAGAAAUUCAACAGCAAUAUCAACACUGCACUCUUGCGAAGCAGCACAAGAGUUAGCAAUCCUAGACCGCAAAGAGGCGACUGUCACCUUUACGCUUUUGACGUCCGACCCAGAGUUUAACCUUCACUAGUCAUGAACUUCCUACGUCGUCGCCUCUCUGACAGCAGCUUCAUCGCCAACCUGCCCAAUGGCUACAUGUCAGAUCUCCAGAGGCCCGACCCACCUCCACCGCCUCCUCCGACCGCUGCCACCAAAGCCCCUGCCGGACCAACUCCUGCCCCAACGGCCCCUCCUGCGGCCAAGUCUCCUACCGCUUCUCCGGCCCCAGAGCGACGGCCACAGCCUGCCCAAUCCACCGGCUCAGGAUUCUUCAGCUCCAUCACCAACGUGGUGAAGCAAACCGCCGCUUCUGCAGGACUCGUGGAGCAAAGUCCUGCGGCGGUGUCACGGAAGUUCAAGAUCCUCCUAGUCAUCGACGAACCACAACACGAGUGGGCAAAGAUUUUUCGUGGGAAGAAGGUCCAAGGAGAUUAUGAUGUCAAAGUUGAGCAGGCCGAGUUCUCAGAGAUCAACCUUGUGGCUCAUGCUAAUGGUACAUGCAGUGUGGACAUGCAAGUGGUCAGAAAUGGAACAAAAGUGGUUCGGUCCUUCAAGCCUGACUUUGUCUUAGUGCGACAGCAUGCUUAUAGCAUGGCACAGAAUGAAGACUUCCGCAAUAUAAUCAUCGGUUUGCAGUAUGCCGGGAUCCCCAGCGUCAACUCCCUGGAGUCCAUUUACAACCUCUGUGACAAGCCAUGGGCUUUUGCUCAACUGAUUAGCAUCUACAAGAAACUGGGAGCAGAUAAAUUCCCUCUUGUUGACCAGUCAUUCUACUCAAACUACAGGGACAUGAUCUCAAUGCCAACAUUCCCUGUGGUGGUGAAGAUCGGACAUGCCCAUUCUGGGAUGGGGAAGGUGAAAGUUGACAAUCACAGUGACUUCCAAGACAUUGCAAGUGUUGUGGCCAUCACUCAAACCUACGCAACCACAGAGCCUUUCAUCGAUGCUAAAUAUGACAUCAGGGUCCAGAAGAUCGGUUCUGACUAUAAAGCUUACAUGAGAACAUCUAUCUCUGGCAACUGGAAAUCAAACACUGGCUCUGCCAUGCUGGAGCAAGUAGCCAUGACUGACAAAUAUAAGCUGUGGGUGGACGCCUGUGCAGAUGUCUUUGGAGGUCUAGACAUCUGUGCUGUUAAAGCCAUACAUGGAAAGGAUGGAAAGGACUAUAUCACUGAGGUUGUGGGCUCUUCAAUGCAGCUAAUUGGAGAUCACCAGCUGGAGGACCGGCAGCUGAUCGCUGCCAUCGUCCUGGCCAAGAUGAACCAAGAAUCGGGCCACACGACAGCUCGUUUCCCACAGAGACCUCCGACCACUGUACAACCUGCACAAAGCGCUGCCUUAAAAGAAAGCCUGACUGACCCCAACAAGACCCUCGGCCAGCGGCCCCCUCCACAAGGGGGGGCAGUGAAACCCCAAGAACCACAACCUAAGACUCAAGAACCUACACCUGAGCCAGUCCCUGCCCAGGAACCUGUGCCUAAAGCAGGCCCUACCCCAACUGUACCACCCACCACACAGCAGCCCAAACCACAGGCUCAAGCAGCACCUGAACCCACUCCAGGGAAGCCAACGGAACUGCCCCCAAAGCCCCAACCUCCCAAACCACUUCCCCCAAAGCCUGUGCCUCCAGUUCGGAGAAACUCCAAGCCUCAGAUCCAACCGAAACCCCAAACCCCACCUCCUACCAAGGCCCAACCAAGAGCUCAACUGGGUGACACAGAUCAGAAUCCUGGUCAAACUCAGCCAGAUGCAGUCCCUGCUCAAGAGCAAUCCCCAGCCAAAGUCCCUAUUAAACCCCCGUCACCAGCUAAACCUCAGCUCCAGCCUAAACCAGUGCUAAGAGAGCAAGCCAAACCUGAAGCCCGAGCUCAGACUGCUGCUCCAUCUGAAGCACCUUCAGCCCCUGUUAAAGCAACUCCUUCCUCUGCUCCAGCCCCGACCCAACCUACCCCAGCAAAACCCCCUCAAUCUCAGCCUCCUGUGGAGGAACAGCCUGCACCCCAGCAGAAGUCAACCCAUCCCCUGUUGAACAAAUCCCAGUCCUUGACCAACGCCUUCAACGCCUUUGGCGAGACCUUCCGUUCCAGCAACGAGGAUGAAGCUAAGGCAGAAACCAUUCGAAACUUGCGAAAGUCCUUUGCAAGCCUGUUCUCUGACUAAUGACAAAAUCCCACAGCCCAAAAGGUGGCCAGGCACUUGAGUGACAGAUAUGCAUCCUGGUCUGAGGUUAAUUCCAUGUAGCUGUGUACAUUUAACCCCUCCUCCCAACUCUGCUGUAAUUAUCCAAGUGUUAAUUGAGAAGGUUAGAGUGAUGUACAGUGAUUGUUCUCACAAGAUGUUGGUGUUUACAUUGUUUGAGUCGCUCUGCCCUGAAACACUGGGAUUUAUAUGAGGAGGGGAUGUUUCUUAAGUGAUCAGUUACAGGAGGCUGGAGUAUGCUGAAGUCAUCUUUAACCCCUCGAUGUUGUAGCUGUAUCGUGGUAGCGUGUUUUCUUUAACCAGAGACAAAUAUUUGUGACUAGUUUCCCUUGUUUAUCCCCUGUAGUGUGUGUGUGUAACUAGUUGGUGUGUUGUAAGCAUUAGCCAGUGAGACAUUAGUUGAACAAUACCUCGGGAUCUUUAUAAAAGCACUUUCCUAUUCAAGUUUCCUACAAUAAUCAAUGCUUGGACUGGUCGGUUUCAAUGCAGUGGUGGGAUUUCAGUGGAAUGCCUGGUGUUUUAGCGACAGCUUGCAUCCAGCACUUGCCAACCUGUCAAAAUAUUCAUGAGUGCCAUGUUUAUAGUAUCUCUACAUAUUGUAUUGUACUGUAUGUUUAACAUCUCAGGAGUUUAAUUUAAAUAUGUGUUUAUUCCGGCGUCACACUGUUCAUGUUGUGUUUUCUUUGUGCGCAGUGAUAUUGCUUUGCAUGACCCAGUGAUAAUUGUUUUCUCUGUACAAGUGUCAAUAAACAUGUGGCGCAUCAUUCCACUGACAUAC